AAAGGCUCCUUUUCUUGGAUAAAAUGUUCCUUGACUUCUAGGCUGUCUUCAAUUGAGCACCUAGCCACUUACCCGUGACAUUUAUUCAAGCUUCCGCCAUCAUGGCGCAAACAGUUGCCGUCGCCGGUGUCAUACUUACAGCGGCCGCGCUCGCAGUGGGUGUUGGCCAGCUGGUCGUAGCUCUGGACAGCGGUGACGACACCCUCCAAAGCAAGGACCACUGGAUGCAUUGCACGGUCCUAAACGAAACGCAGUUCGACAUCGUGUACGACCGGGAAUACUGGGAUUCCGGCACGUACUAUCAAGCGCCCCCGCAGAAGAUUGCCAAGUUCUCAGCGGGAACUUUCUCCGUCUGUAAGAAGACGGGGUUCGCUGGGGUAUCGGGCGGUAAUUCCUGGAAGGUCAUCUUGGAUGAUAACACUGUCUUUCGCUUCUCUCUUGGGUAUACCGAUCCCGUCAUAGGAAGCCGCAAAUCAGCCGCCGUCGAUUCGAAUGGAAAUCCCCAGGACGGCUACGAUGCUGCCGCGGAGCGGGGUUGCAGUGGAAGAUCUCCGAUAUACGAGGGGAAGGACGAGGAUGGAGAAGUGACGUAUUUCAUCAUUGACGUUACUUCUGUGACUGGACAUCAUUCCAAAUAUACUAUCCAGCAGAGCGAGAUUAAGGGCUGGAAGGAUCGUUAAAUCUAUCUAGAAGAAAUUGAUAGUACAAGUUAUGACUCGACGGAUAGGAAUGGGCUGACACCGAUUUUACACGCUGUUAGGCAAGGACGUGAGUUGAUGAUAUGUUUUUCGCCAGA